GAACAAUAUGGCGGAGAAGUAAUCUUACUAAAUAGAGUGAUUAAAACCGCUGAGUUGUCGCAGAUUAAUCGAUCUGGAAAUCUACGUUAGCUAUUUUUUGGUGAAGCAGACGAACAAGCAUCAGCCACAGGAUGCAAAGCAGUGCUGGCGGAGCGGCAGGGGGUGGCAAUUACGAAGAUGUAGCCGCUGCCCGCCGUGGCCGCUUCCGUGUCACCUCCUCCACGCCACAGGGUCCGCCAGAAACGACGCUUGGCCGCUUCCGUCUUAUGCCCACGUCCAAUUAUGGCGCCAUUUCGCCAAUCCUCCAGCGGGGUCGAUUCGCCGUGAUUCCAGAAGAGCCUCAAGCUGGUUCCCCCGCACUAGGAACUCCACCGCCAGGCAACCGAACGGCUCGUUCUCCAUCGCCUGAAUGGGAUUUCGACAUUGAACAG